CCGGUAUUUACGGCAUUUUCUUAACUCCGUAUGUCGACCAUGUGAUUAUCUCAAGUGUUUACAAUCCCAAAAAAUAUUGUUAUUAUUAAUAAAAAAAAAAGUGUUAUAAAAAAAAUCAAGUUAAAUAUGUUCUCAAGAAGAUUGAGAAUUUUAUUGAGCGUACAGGAGCAAUUAUCACGACUAAGAUUCCAAUCAGGAGUAAUAACUCGUCAAGUUAACCUCAAAACAGUCUGCAAUGAUCAACAGAAAACAAUCACUAAUUCAAAACAAAUUCAUACUCUUUCACCCGCACUGUAUCAGUCUGCAAAACCUUUAAAUUCGCAAUCACAAAACAGCCAGUUAAAAUAUGACAAUGAAGAAAAUGACUCUGAAAGUGAAAGUGAAGUUGAAGAUGCUGAAAGCUCAGAAAAAGCUUACUCUGUUAGACUAACUGAAAAUUUAUACGCAUAUACAAUUUUAAAAAAUAGUAGCAGAGUAAAUACACUAGUUCCUCAAUUAAUUCCCGAAGAAGACAUACCCGAGGACGUGGUGGCGAGGAUACUUGAAAAAAACCACGAGGAUUACAGUCCUGAAGAAGUUCUGGAAGACUUUCGUCUUCUGAGCUUCCACCGUGGCCGCCAAAAAACAGGACUGCUGACUGUUGAAAAGCAUAAGAAUAUUUUGCAAACUCUGAAAAAAUAUCUCAAUGAUUUCAGCGAUGAGGAGCUGUGGAGUCUGUUCCAGUACAUUGAAUUGUGGUACCCUAUGCAGUUAACGACCAAGCAACCGUUGUUAAUAGAACUGGAAAAAGCUAUGGAUCAGGAGUGCCUUUUGCGUAUGAAUCUUUGGAGUGUCGAUGAGUGGCUGAAAACAUGUGAUCUCUGGUAUCACUUACGUCAAUCACGGGAGUCUAACUUUGUAUUAAGAUGUAUGAAAAAAUUAGGACGCAAACCUAAUAAACUAACAGCUGGAAAUUACUUACAUUAUAUGUUUUUAUUUAAUAUUUCGAGGAAGCCAGAUUUGAAUAUGUAUGAAUUAGAGUAUCGCCUUGAAAAAUGUGUAAAUCAAUUUACCGGCAAUGAGCUGGGUAUUAUUUCAAUGGGAUUUUUUAAAACAAGUACUCCUAUUAGAAAUCCACAGUUGUUAGAAAAAAUAAUUGAUAAUUGCAUCAGAGAUAUUAAUGAAAUAGAAGAGAUUUCAUUUACUGCUAUCAUGAAAAUAACCAGGUACAGCUUGGGCUUGAAUAACUUGGGAAAGUUUAGAAAAUUGUUGUAUGCUGUAAAACCGAGGAUUCCAACAGUUUCUACAGCUACUCUUGUCCAUACUGCUCAUGCAGCAGCUACUGUUUUAGCCUAUGAAAAUGAAGUCAUAGAUGAAGUUCUGGAGAAGUUCCUGCCAUGUAUACCUACGGCAAGACUCAAAGACUUGGAGAGGAUGUUGUUUUCUUUGGCAAUUUUUAAGUACCCGAAAGAAUCGCUGCAAUAUAAAUUAAUAAUUGAAGAGUUAAGAAAUCCAAGACGAACAUCUGAGUUAAAAAAGUUUCCAAAAUGUUUAACCACCUCGCUGAUGCAUCUUUCUUACGCUGAAAUCUACCCUCUUGACUUGAUCGCAAAAGUACUGAGUCCUGAAUUUUUAAAAGAAGCGUUUAAUAAUAAUGCGUUUAGAAUCGGCCGUGAAUGCAUGGUAGUCGACAUGGGGCUUAAAGUCGAAGUACCGGAGUACACAGGUCCCUUUUUACCAGAAAGAGUUAUAAAUUAUUUGAGCAAGCGAUACAGUUCAUCGGAAAUAGACGUGGGUGAUCCAACAGGAAGAAUUCCGUCUUUUCAAAGAUUUACUUUAGAGUUUGUCCAGCUCCUGAAAGAAGUUGUAGAUUCAAAAGAGAUCAUCGUUUUACAACUCCUACCACAUUUACAAAGAUCCGAAGUUUUAAUGUGCAUCGAUAAAGAAAAUAAAAUUGUACCAGCAGCUCCUCAUUUUCAAAAAAUCGAUUUUAGUUCAAUAAAAUACGCUCCUAAAGAACCAGCCGACUGCAGAUGGCUGGCUUUUAUUCUUGCGUCACACAAUCAUCUCUUCCGGGGCACUGCCGAGCCCUGUGGUUCUUUAGAAGCUAAGAUAAGGCAACUCAAAAAAAUUGGCUACUAUCCAAUUGUGGUACCUCAUGCCUCAUGGUACCAGUCAGUGAAAACUUUAAAAGAAAAGAAGCAGUAUCUUAAAGAGCUUUUAUUACAACAUGAUGUCAAUGUACAAUCAAAAAUUCAAACGUCAAAAUAACAUGUAUAUAAAUACAUUAUCUCUAGACCUUAAUCCUUGACACUAUGAUAGAUAAUAGUCACAUUUUUAUAAUAAUUAUUACAAUAACACACUCAUAAUAAUCAUGAUUAAAAAAAUUUAUUAAUACGA